AUGGCAUUCACCGCGAGAGCUACGAGACAGGCGCUGAGGGCUGCCCAGAAGUCCUCCCGCCAGCUGGGAACCCGGUCCUAUGCCACCGCUGAGCCCGACCUCAAGACCGUCUUCAGAGACGCCAUCCCGGCCAAGCGAGAGCUCCUUAAGCAGGUCAAGGCCCGUGGUGAUGAAGCCAUUGGCCAGGUCACCGUUGCCGGCACCAUUGGCGGCAUGCGUGGCCUCAAGGCCAUGGUCUGGGAGGGCUCUGUCCUGGACGCCAACGAGGGCAUCCGCUUCCACGGCAAGACCAUCAAGGACUGCCAAAAGGAGCUUCCAAAGGGCACCACUGGCACCGAGAUGCUGCCCGAGGCCAUGUUCUGGCUUCUCCUGACCGGCCAGGUCCCCUCCACCCCACAGGUUCGCGCCUUUUCCCGCGAGCUGGCCGAGAAGUCGCACCUCCCAAAGCACAUCCUCGACCUCGUCAAGUCGUUCCCCAAGGACAUGCACCCAAUGACCCAGCUGUCCAUUGCCGUCGCCGCUUUGAACACUGAGUCCAAGUUCGCCAAGGCCUACGCUGACGGUGUCAGCAAGGCCGACUACUGGGAGCCUACCUUCGACGACAGCAUCUCUCUCCUUGCCAAGAUCCCACGUAUCGCUGCCUUGGUCUUCCGCCCCAACGAGAUCGAUGCCGUCGGCUCCCAGAAGCUCGACUCCAGCAUGGACUGGGCAUACAACUUCGCUGAGCUCCUCGGCAAGGGUGGUAAGGAGCACGAGACCUUCCACGAUGUCCUCCGUCUCUACCUUGCUCUGCACGGUGACCACGAGGGAGGUAACGUCUCGGCCCACGCCACUCACCUCGUUGGAUCUGCUCUUAGCGAUCCUUUCCUCAGCUACAGUGCCGGUCUUCUCGGCCUCGCCGGUCCCCUCCACGGCCUCGCUGCCCAGGAGGUGCUCCGAUGGAUCUUGAACAUGAAGGCCAAGAUCGGUGACAACUUCACCGACAACGAUGUCAAGGACUACCUCUGGUCUACCUUGAAAUCUGGCCAGGUUGUUCCUGGAUACGGACACGGUGUGCUCAGAAAGCCUGACCCUCGUUUCGAGGCUCUCAUGGACUUCGCCAGCGCCCGCCCAGAGAUCAUGGAGAACCCAGUCUUCAGACUUGUCAAGAAGAACUCUGAGAUUGCCCCCGGUGUUCUCACCGAGCACGGCAAGACCAAGAACCCCCACCCUAACGUUGAUGCCGCUUCCGGUGUCCUCUUCCACCAUUACGGAUUCCAAGAGCCACUCUACUACACCGUCACCUUCGGUGUCAGCCGUGCUCUCGGCCCACUCGCCCAGUUGAUCUGGAGCCGUGCCCUUGGCCUCCCCAUCGAGCGACCAAAGAGCAUCAACCUCCAAGGUCUCUUGGACUUGACCAACAAGAAAUAA